AUGAAUGCUUAUGCAUUCAUAGCUCCAAAACAAGAACAUUGGUCCAAUAUGAAAACAAAAAUAUAUGUACAAGACAAUAUUCUCAUAUUGGAAGACACAGGAGCACAGUCAGGCUUUAAAAAAGCAUACUCAUUAGAUUCAAUUUACAACAACUAUGACGAGUUAUUUGCAUCUAUCAAGAUUGAUGGAUCUCAUAGGAUAUUCUUGCUAUACUCAUCAUAUAGUUUACCUCCAUUUCAAGAGUUGAAAAAUACGAUUAUAUCGUUUUUUUGCAAUUUUUAUCAAUUCUUUAUUUCACCAGUAUCUAUCAGUAUGGCAAGCUACUAUGAUAAGAAUGUUUACGAUUAUUUGAAUCAAAAAUACAAUAAUAACUCAUAUGAAUUAUUCUCUACGAGUAACCUUGAUCAGGCAUUAGAUUUGAUUGAUGUUUCGCUUAGUAAUAUUAAGAACAUAGAUAAAUCUGUAUUCGUUGCUCGAAUUGGCAGCAAUAAUUUUAUAGAACUCGUAAUUUUACCAAAAGCAGAAACUCUUGUUAGGGAAUCAGAUAUCCUAGACUUAUCGCCUAACCUGAAAAUGCUGCUAUUUCUCAAAAAAUCUCCAAAAUUGAAUCAAAAAACCUUAGAAACAGCAUGUAAGGUUUCGCCUUAUAUUAGACUAAUUGCAGAUUCUCUAAUUAAUACGAGAACUUCAUGGGUUUGCAACAUUAUAGAAUCUUCACCUUUGAUUUCAAAUACUGAACUGUUUAGAAUAUUCCAUAUAGCGAAUGGAACAACAUUUUCCAAUUUACGCUUGAACGAAAGCAUUUUUCACGGUGGAGAAAAAACAGAUGAAUUUAAUUCUCAGAUGCUUGAACAAAGACCAGAAAAUAACUUAUAUAGAGGUGAUUUGGCUCAACUCGACCCAGAAACAAGGAGAAAAAUGUUUCCUAAUUUGAAAUUUGAAUUUAAUACUCCAAAACCAAAUAAACAACCAAAACAAACCAAUAAUAUCAUUCAGAAACCAGAGACUCCCAUAAAAUCUCGUGAAAUACAAAUGCCACUCGAAGAAGAUGAAGAUGUUCAAAUUAUUGAAUCAAAUUCACCUAGAUCUCCAAUAUACCCGGUCGAAAGGAACUUAAAUAUAUCCAUUGGUGAUAAUGAAUAUUCCGGUUUUGACCUUGAUUUCGGAAAUAACUCUCAAUCAAAUCUCGGAUCUCCAUCAAGCUUCAAAAGUGAUGACAUUAGCUUUACAAGUUCUUUUUCCCGUAGGAAGAAGAAAGUUUCUCAAGAAUUAAUUUGGCCAGAAAGUUUAUUCGAAAUUAACGCUCCAGUUAACGUUGAUACAGUUGAAAAACUUAUUAAGGAGAUGAGUACCAUCCUACCUGAUGUAGCUGAAGAGUCAACUUAUGAGUAUGAAGAAGAUUCUGGAAUUGAAUCAUUUGGAAAGAUCGAACAGCUCUCAGAAUCAGAUUUUAAAGAAGCAGAAGUCACAUUGAAUUUUGAUAGUGAAGAUGAAUACGAUUCAACCGAAGUUUCUCCAUUUUCAAAUAAAUCAUCUAAACAAAUCAAAUCCAGAGACUUACCAUCAUUAGAUACUAAGUCAGAAAUAUCAGAUAAGCCAAAACAAAGUCCAAGUCCCAAUAAAGUCAUUCCAAUUAACUUGGCUGAACUAGAAGACAUGAAAAACCAAGUCAUAAAAAUGCAGGAGAAUCCAAAAGUCACUAUUGAACAUCAAACAGUUAAAUUUGUUAAUGAACCAAGUGUAAUUGCAAGAAGAGCUCGAAAUUUAGCAUUAGAUCCUAAUUCUAAUGCAGCAGAUCUAACUCUAGAAUCAUUGGAUCUACAAAAUGAAAUCCAAAAAGUUGAGAAUUCCCUUGAAGAGUCCAAAUCAGAAAUAAUCUCAUUAAAUCAAAAGGACCAAUGCCUUAAAAUGCAAAAUGCAACUUUAACAGAUAAUUUAACUCAACUUCGUGAUACAUUUAUACCAUUAAGACAAGCGAUUAUUACAAAAAGACUUUCAAAUGCUAAUUUCGAUUUCAAGAACUCGCCAAGAUGUGUAGAAAUGCUUCAAUGCAUUAGUAGCCUUCAAGAUCAGAUCAAAAAACUCCAAUAG